GGUGCCAGGGGGUAAAGAGACUCUGGCAAGGCGGAGCCUCUUGGGGUCUUCGACGGACGCUGAGUCGCCGGCGAAGUCAGGGCCACGGCGUCCGUGUGGAUUAGAAACAACGCCGUCCACCCGAUCGCCUUCUGGUGGGGGGGGGGGGCAGAGUUUCUGCGGCUUUUCUUUUUCACACGUGUGUGCCACUGCUUCGGUGCCCUGGGCGCACGUGUCUCUCCAGGGCCCUCACUACCCUGGUCAUUGCAGGUUGAUGAAGGGGAGCCAAGGCUGGCUCAGGUGUCGCCGCAUCGCGAAUGUUAAGCCUCGGGCCCGGGUAUCAAACGUCUUCCGUCACAUGGGCUAUGAAGAGCAACUCUUCGAGAUCCAGUUCGGUGAGGAUGCCGGCUCAGAGGGGGCCGGUGUCUGGGGCUGAAGGGGCAGUCCCUCACACGCGCAUCGCCGAUGAAAACGCAGUGCAGAAUUACUACCGAUUGGGUCGACAGCUGGGCAGUGGAAGCUUUGGGACGGUGUACGAGGCCACUCAUGUCGAGACCGGAGUCAAAUGGGCCAUCAAGACUGUCAACAAGGAGAGGGCCGGGAGCUCUGGGGUACGGCUCCUGGAGAGAGAGGUGGCCAUUCUGAAGCGAGUUCAACAUCAGAACAUCAUCCACCUGGAAGAGGUGCUGGAGACCCACAAGCGAGUCUACCUGGUCAUGGAGCUGUGCGAGCUGGGGGAGCUGCGGGCCGUGCUGGAGCAGAGGAAGCGGCUGUCGGAGGCCGAGGCGAGGCACGUCGCUCACAGUCUGGCGGCAGCCAUCGCGUACCUGCACAAGCACGACAUCGUGCACCGGGACCUGAAGCUGGAAAACAUUCUGGCGAAGAGCAGCGAGCCGCACGAGGGAAUCGACCACCUCGACAUUCGGGUGACGGACUUUGGGCUGUCGGCGGUGCGGGAGGGAAAUGGAGCUGCCUCGAUGCUUCAGUCUCCGUGCGGAACGCCCAUCUACAUGGCUCCCGAGGUGAUCCAGAGCCAGGACUACAGCCAGCAGUGCGACGUGUGGAGCAUCGGCGUCAUCCUCUACAUGCUGCUGUGUGGCGAGCCUCCCUUCAUGGCCCAUUCGCAAGAGAAGCUCUUUGAGCUGAUCAUUAAGGGAGAGCUGAGCUUCACCCAGCCAGCCUGGGAGGAGGUCAGCGAGAACGCCAAGGAGCUGCUGCGAGGGCUUCUCAAGGUGGACCCGGCUCACCGGCUUACGGCCAGCGAGCUUCUGCACGACCACUGGGUCACGGGUGACACCUCAAGCCUCGGCAGGCCGCUCAACGUGCUGGAGAUGAUGAAGCGCUACAAAGAGAUGGGCGGCGGCGAAUGCGAUGGGGAGACUCGGUGGGAGGGAGCAGCCGUGCAGCGCGACGCCACUGGCGGCGAUGGCGGCGUCGACGGCGCCGGCAAUGGCCUGGGACCCGGCGGGGAGCUGGAGGCUCGGGGGCGCUCGGAGGCCGGAGACGGACCUGCGGCGAGCGAGAGGCACGAAUGCAAGUCGGCCACGGACGGUGAUGUGGCCAGCGGCGGUGGAGGGAGCAGUGGCGGAAAACCACCGACUCCGACUAGAAAGGGUUCCCAAGCAUCCAUCAAGAAACCCUCUGGGCCGUGUAUCCAGGGAAAGCAAGGCAAGAGAGAAGUCAACACCAACGGCGUCGCCAGGCCCAAGAUGCCCACGGUCGGCCGGCGCGCCAGCAUGCCGUGCACGUCGUCGCGCGGCCCGUCCGCCGAGGGCCUUCCCCUCGGGGCCGGCGCGACGGCCCAGCCGCCGCUGGCGCCCACGGUGCAGCGCGCCACGCUGAGCAGCCGCGGGGAGGUGCGGCGAGGGCCGGGGUCGGCCCCGUCGCCUCGGCCCGAGCUGGCGUCCGAAGGCGGCCCCACGGCGGGCAGGCCCGGCGGCGGGGGAGGCGGGAGGAUCGCGGCACCGUGCGGCAAGAACGCGCACCGCAACUACUAGGACUUGGGGGAGCGCCACUGUUGCCGGCUCGCAAGGUUAUGCUGCGGGGCUGCUCGUAUCUGAUCGAAAAGUCUAUUCGGCCGACUGCUGAUUGUGCGUCGUAAAGCAAACUGAGUGCUCGUGUUAUUGUUAUCGUCGUGAUUAUCGCAAUUGCCUUUGGUUUUGUUGUCAUUGUUAUUGUUUGCCUGUAUCUUGUGUCAUAGGCUGGAGUGCGGUAGCUUCGUCGGUAGGGCAGCUCGGGUCUGAUUUCGUGAGUUCACGAGGUUGUGAAUUUAAAUGUCGUCACCAUCAUCGUGAUCCCUCCAGAGUCGUGAAAAUGACCACUACCGGGUAAGGCUGCACGACUCGGUGGGGAGUCAGCUGCAGUUGGCCACCGUUCCUCGUGGACUGAGAAAUAGCCGAGGACCAACAAUGGAAAUGAGCAGCAGCAGCUCAUCCUCAUCGGAGUGUGCAGGCAUCUUGGAUCUUUAACUGUUUCGCAAACGAACAACGCAAAGGUGAAAGCGCACUUCUGCUUGCGUUCGAAUUGAGCGCAAAAUGUGUGACCCAGUGCGUGCGCGUGCGCUGAGCGACGCGGGCGCUGUUCAACGUGAAAGAUGCCAUGCCUUGUGAAAAAAAAAAAAAUGCCGCCGCCAAGUCGGAGCACAGAGGUUAGGGUCAGAGGGAGUGCUGCUACGGCGUGUUCUCACAGGCGCCGUGUCUCCUGGCUGAUCGCACAAGCCGCUCCACCCGUGACAGACCCACCUUCUAUGUGCGGCAAUAGGCGAGUCCAUUCUUUUUCACCGCGUCAAUUUUUUUCACAUUCCGCACUUACAGCAACGCACAACGCAGCGACGCACCGCGCGUCACAUCGGACUCAAGGCGUCUGGGCGCAACCUACUAUAAACUGGUUAAAUGACAAUGUACCCUUAUUUCUAAGAUCCCACAGAUAUCAUAAUUUUGACCGUGAUAGCUAGUUUUGAACUGUUAGAGAGUCUGCAUGUGUCUACGUGUGUGUGUGUGUCAGCGCAUGAUCUGGUAAUUGUGAUCGCCACCACCAACCUUGGGGACAAGCAUUUUGUCUUUGUGCAUUGCACGAGGCUAGCCUCACCGACGAUGCUUCUGCCGUUCGCUUGGCAAAGACUUCAGAGGCGGUGCAUGUCCCAGUCCGGUUGGCGAGGGCCAAUUAAAUGAGACGUGCACCGAGAGACAGAUGCGUUUGGGUUUUUUUUUUGUGGGUGUUCGAGUCCACACGAACACCCGCUCGCUCAUACUCCCACUUGUUCAGAGCGCGCUGCUGAUUUCUUUUUGCGCAGUGCAAUUCAGCACCAAUUUUGCGGAAGGUCUUGCAGAAUGCCAGGGUGCGUAGGAUUCUAUUACCGAUUGCUCAUAAAGCUCGAUUGCCGAUUUUUCAGCAACGCGGUCAGUCCAAGUUCUCAUUUAGACGAUCACGUCGGCUGAAGUUUGCAGGCAAAGGCACACGCACAAGCGUGCGCAUACAAGUGCGCUGGGCAGCUUUCAGCCCUUGAAAUUGGACAAUGUUAUUUAUUUCCUAAAUAAGCCUGUGGGAAACUGUUUGCACCAGAUCUGAUCCGAAGGCCUUGACUGCUGACCCCACCGUUAAAUAAAUGUGACAGCAUUACGACCGCACAGCUAAGAGAGGGAGUGCGCCUUGGACACCAUUACCCUGUAUGCAUGAGGUCUUAAAUCACCGAGCUCUUAUCAAUAGCAAUAGUGGACAGUGCUAAUGGGAGUGCCUUUCCCAUUAUCUUGGUUAUAGGACAUAGAACUCUGCUGAAGGUUUGUAGAAAUGUUGCUGAAUAUAUACGCAUAUUGACAAUAAUUCUUAAGUCGCUGAGAGCUAUACAAGUGUACAAAUGGAACACGAUACCUCGAUGUUGUUUUUUGUUGCCGCAAAAUUGGAUUUUUAUUCGCAAGGUCCAGUGCACUAAUGUGCACGCUGUGGACUCAAAUAAUUGCGGUCGCAAAAAAUGGUAAAAUAUUCUCAAUCCCGGCUUGAGUCGCACCGUUAAAUUUCACAACUCGCAUUCCUGUUUUGCUGUCGCCAAAUUCCUGACCACAUGCCAGCAGGCUAGAGAUGUGCGGGUGGCAUCAGUGGAUUGCGUAGAUAUGGAACCACUGUGCCGUUGGUGGAGCUAGUAGUAAACAAACCCAACAAAAACGUAGCCCCAAGAAGCUCAAGGUACCCUUAGAUUCAGAAUCAAUUUCUUAACUCUAUCUUGUUUGCAUGUCCCUUCUCUCAUCUCAUUACAUAUAUAUUUUUGUCAAUGCGGUCUUUCUCUUAUUUCACUACAACCAUACCUCUAGCCAAUAACCAUUCUCUCAUCUCACUUAAAGGGGGGCCCUCAAACAAUAAAUUCUGCUUAGGGCCCACAAUGGGCCAGAAAUGCCACAGGAGGCAGCACAGCAAGUAGGCUUAGAAUAGUCUGUGCAGAUUUUGAGCAUUCUAUGUUCAUGGACAUUGGUUUCUCCAGGCACUCUGGUUUCUUCCCAAAUACAAAAUUACAAUCACGUUUCCCCCCCCCAAACAUCCCAUAUAGAACACUCCUGAAUGAAGAUCAGGGAUUCUGUGGGUUCAUCCUGAUAAAGACUUUGUUCACAUUUCAUUUCCUGCACCUCCGAUUAGCACGGUUGGCUACGUACGGUGUGAAAAAAGUUCAAAGUACAUAUCCUGAUUACACAAUUUAAACUUAUGGCGGUACCUCUGGGUACCAUAGAACCCUGGCUCUCGCAAUGUCCGUGAAGCAGUCAUUUUUAGUCUGUUGAUGGUCGGCGAUGCAGCGAUCGACUCAUCUCAACGAGCUGUACACGAUGCACCGCUAUGGUGCGUACAAGCGUUCAGGGUUUCAGCGCAAUUGUCCUCGCUGCGUUUCGACAUCGCUGAGUAGCACUGAUUUCGGACUGAUUGGUACCCCAGUCGCGGAGUUAAGUAACACCCCUGGAAAAAAUAGUGUCCCAGAAAUAAAAUAUUUAAUUGCCUCGGACAUAUUGUAUCAUUUGAUACCCCGGGGUACCGCCAUAAGGAUCAAUUAGUGUACACGUAACAAGCAAACCAACACCAGUUAUUUGUGGGCACAUGUAAUAUAUAAUAUCGCUCGUUAAUAAACACUGCACACAUAGCCAUACACACCAGAAUCAGCUGUUACGUUUUGGGGCAUCACAGUUGGCGUGUGCGCAGCCUCUAAGCAAACUUGUUUAUCAGAGCAGUUUUGACGCCCUCUAACCAACGUUUGAAAGCGUCAAUGCUACUAGCUCUGUCCAUCUGUCUCUCUGUGACAGGGGGUCACGAUGACUCUCGUAAAGAUGACCGAAACAAAUAUUAAUACCAUUUUACCAUCAAGUUGAGUUGCUAAUUGGGACAGCCGAUUGUAAAUCAUUCACAUUCAUGAAUGGAUAAAAACCCAGCACUAGAUGGAUAAGCCCUUUCAGCCAAGGCAUUGACUUCACACGCCAGGCCCACUCCUCGUUCACGUCCGCAAAAACGAGACCUCAUAUCUUGACCCCAAAUCAUGACAAUUUAUUUAGCGAGGACAUUGGGCAUCUAUUUAAUAUCUUAUGCCCGAUGUCCAGAUACCUCGGCUAUAUAUAGACAAAAGCAUUCGUUGUGUGAUGUACUGUACAAGCUUGUGAUCUCCCCAGUACCUAAAGAGCGACGUCUCUUUAAAGUCAGGCUCAAGAGACGUUGGCAGGUAGGCUGUCCCCGUCCGUGGCUAUCAACAGCGUGCGCCUAAAUACUCUUAACGCCUUUGACAAGAAGCACACGCGGGCAUAUUUGCAACGCCCGCAAUACCUUACAAAGCUUGGGCUGGAUUAUUCUCACUUGACAGCAAGGAGUCAUGUCUACAACCAUGCCACUCUCGACUUAAACCCUGGUAAACCCACUCAUUUCGUUUCUGUCGGUAGGACACUGGGAAGCUGAGGGCUGCGUGAUACCGUUAAAGACAACUUUACAAGACAAAAGGGAGUCGCGUCAGGUCUGCCGAUCUGUGCUAAUGGAGCGACGCAUACCACUGGUGUGGCUGUGAGGAAUUAAGAUAGGGUGGGGAAAGUGAGGGCAUGCUGCUGCUGCCGUGAUGCGUUUCUAUGUUGUGACCAAAUAAUAGAGGACACGGCUGCCUUGCCUGAAAGCCCCCAUGGUUGUGAGCACAGCAGAGUUAUGCAGUCAGCGAUCUGAACACAGUGUGGCUGGCCAAUGGGUCAAGGAUGCACGUUUGUAUCGGCAGCAGUCGAACCCAGAUCACUCACUCUUGGCUGGAGCGGGAGGUGGGAGGGGAGUGGUGGCGCUGUGGUUAGCGCACUAUGCCGUGAACCUGUCUUACCCGAGUUUGAUUCCUUGGCGAUGGAUAACAUCAGUCGACGAGCGACGUUUGAUUCAUGACUGCCCCCUUCCGCCUCUUGACCAACCCUCACCAAUCCGCUUCACAGCAUGGGGAGGUCUUUAUCAAGGCAAUGGAAUGAUUAAGGGCUGUAACUUAUUAUUUUGAAACUGUAUUGUAUAUUUCAUCACGGGCUCGUGAAAGCCACGGCUAAGUCUCAACUGUUCCGGGAGGGCCACGUGACAUCGUGGGAAGAUUAUUGCUCGUAACAUCAGGCAACCGAGCAGCGAUUGUUUAACAGACCACACUCUAAAUCUUGACUUAAAGCUUUCGUGACUGCAGGAAUUCAUAUUCUUUGGGUCUUUCGGUAAAGUCACGUGACUUUACCGACAGACCCAGAGGAUGAGACUUACACACUGCUGCCUGUGCUACUGGACAAAACAUUGUUCCAGAAUCCCCAUAAUCUGAUGGAAACGGACUGCUCAUUGGCUCCUGUUUGGGAACGAGCUCAGUGUUCUAAUUGAGAAGUGUUGUAGUGAACCAUACGGGAUGUUUGUGAUAUUAUAUAAACCAAUUCGCAAAUUUAGUAUUAAAGCAACUUAAUACCGUGUUUUUUACUUUCAAUCUCACAACGACUGCUGUAGGUGUAAUUGAAAUAACGUGCACUAACGGGCAUGAAUCAGUUCCCCGAUGAUAUAUGUUGGAGCACACAAAAAAUUGGCUAAAUUUGUUCAAAUUCGAUUUUCUUAAAAUUGAACCAAACCUAAACUACAAUCGAUUUUUGUCUCCUCAAUCCAACCAAUCAACCAUCAACCCACCACAGGAACCGGUGAUAUGCUGCCGUGCAUGCUUGGCUGUUUGGUUUAUGGGUUAAAUCGGAGAAUAAAUCUCACCCCGGUGUGUUCUUGAACCGUGUGUGGUGGCCGGUCCCUUGCCCGUCCAUUCCCAGGCAAGGAUUGGCUGCGUGCCCACUGGACUGCGAUGUUGCAAUGAGUUGGAGGUACAGCGAGUGGCUCCGCGAACCUAUCUGUGCACAAUGUGUUCAGUGCUAUCCCCUUCUGUGCGUGGCACGUUUUCUACCAAAAGAAAUAAACACAUUCCUUAAAAAAGGAAUUGGCCAAUCAUCCUAAACAGGACCCUACUGCAACAACAUCGUCUCGGGACUCAUUGAGGCUUCUCUGAAUAAAAUGACGUGAUCGUUAUUUAGGUAAAGAAUGAAUGCAUGCAAAUGAAAGAAAGAAAAGGGAUCUCACCUGUAAUUGCUUUAUGAAAGGCGCACAAUUCUCAUUUUCUAGAUUACCGAAAGGGAAAAAAAUCACCUGCAAAAGAAUAUCUAUUUUGUGAUAUCAUAGCAUUUAGAUUAAGAUUAGGAACAAGGACUAGGCAAUGUUUUUUCUUUCUUACAUUGUGCGAGGGGAAUAGCAAACCUUGGGCCAUUAAAUCACCCCCAGGUCCUGACAGUUUGACUGCACAAAGAAUCAAUGUACAGUUGUUAACGUCUACUUGAGGGCAAAUUAAACAUCAAUGGGGUCACUGGUCAUAUGUGCCAUGGUUCAAUGGAACAUGGGCCCAUCUUAUUUGCUGCUUCGAGCGUGGCGAGGACCAGCGGGUUGCCAGCACCGGCCACCCGCAGCAUCAUCCCCCCACCACCUUCCCCCCACCUUCUCCAACCCGCCCACUACUCCCGCCGGCACGGCGAGUCAAAUGCGCGAUUACGGCACGAACCUGGGUCUUCGGCGAAUAUCGCCGCCGCGGUGACGUAUCAAUCACGCUCGCGGGGAGAUUUUAGCGGCGCGUUCUCCGACCGCGUCGCGUUUGUCAUCUCCUGCGAGAGCGAGCGAGCGUACGUGACGGCGAGAACGUAACACCGCGGCGGAGGCAUUGCUCACGCAUCGCGCCGAACCGCUGCCAUCAUUUGGCUUCGGCGUCACCUUUUGCCGCAUCCGACUCGUUUACCCGAGACCCACAAUCCAAGUGCCCCCCCCCCGCCCCCGCUGGACUCUUCGACGUUUUCUCAACGUUUCCUCGUUUACGGAACCACGCACGUGUUGGGCUGGUCGACAGAGUGGUAGAGCUGCACGGAUUAUUUUUCAUCGGAAAGUGGUAGAAUGUUAAUGGGUUCUCAGGAGGCAUCUUUCUUACUUUUUAAUGUUGUCUUUUUCACAUUGUGGAAGAAUCCAAUUUUACCAAUGAUUGUGCUGUGGGCAUCAAGGCAGAGGGCAAAUGCAGUUUCAUAAACAGGACUCCUGAAUGCAGUGGAUCUUCUUGAGGGCACAUCUUAUCAAAUAAAUCGAUGGGUUCUCUUUAGCUAUGCAGAUAAAUGCAAGGUUUUGAUCUAUGCCAAUGUGUCUAAUGGGCCCUUUCAGCUGAAUUUGAACAAAUUAGGUUAACAAAUAAAUGUGUACACUGUGCUAUGUUGUGCAAUAGUGGCGAGACCGGGCAGAGAACACUCCCUUUAUGGAGACUUUUAAUUCUAUUAUAUAUACAGCUCGUGGUAAAUUACCCAAGGGAGAAGUGGUGGUGCAGUGGUGUGCGCAUUGCACUCUCGAACCAAGCAACAUGGGUGGGGGUUUGAUUCUCGGCCACGGUAACAUCAGUGGUGAGCUAUAUAUAUACAGUAAAACCUUGGAUUGCGAGCAUAAUUCGUUCCGAAAACGUGUUUGUAAUCCAAAGCACUCGUAUAUGAGUUGUGAUCACGUGACGCUCGGCAGAUAAAGCGUAUACACGUGCUACUCGUAUUGCAAGACCUCGCUCGUUUAUCAAAUUAAUAUUAAUAAAAAAAAAUUGCUCGUCUUGCAAAACACUCGCAGACCAAGUUACUCGCAAUCCAAGGUUUUACUGUAUAUUAACUUCCCACCGCCCUUCACCAAUCCACCCUGACCAGUGUGGUGAAGUAUGGUAAAAAAAAAAAACCCCUGUGACUAAAGCGGUGUGGAGAUGCCUUCAUCCAGCAGUGGACUGACAAAGGGCUGUAAAUGACGACUAAUGUAAAACGGCGCAAACUCGUGAUAUUUAUCAUCGCAGAGACACCGACACUUUGUCGUGCUCUCACUGACUGGGGACACCGAGCCAGCGAUGUCACGUGCGCUUUCGCAAAUACAAUAUUAAACAGUCCAUUCCACAACCUCGCACAACAAAUGUCAAAAGUAUUACAGCCUUUGUAGUGUGAAACAUAAAACAAAGUGCACAUAUGACCUUUUAUUGCAGCAAAAAAAAUUCUGGACUAUAAAUGCAGGAUUUUUGGGUUAUUACAUAUAAACUUUUUUUUUACACUUUUGCUGGAACCUGUAUCGAAUAAAUCACACGGGCUGAGCUCAAAGGAUACAUGAAGGUCUACCGUCAGCCUUUGAGCACAGAGAGUGAAAUGUAAGCCAAGGUGGAGCAGACAACUCUGCUAGGGAUGUUGUGAUCCAUGGCCUUCACCGUGCAUUUGUGGCAAGUGUAGCUGGCAGGAACGUGUUUCAAUAAAACCCGUGUCCCAUGAGGCGGUGGGAAGAUUAACAAGUCAACACAUUCAGCCUGAUUCAUAUGUCUGCAAAUGUUGCUUGCUUUUUUUGUCUUCAUUCUGUGCAAGCAGAGAAAAAAAACCCCAUGCCAACGUCUCCAUCGCCAUCAGCGGAGAAAAUAGUCGACGCCGAUGCUUUAGCGUUUUCAACAAGAUGACAGUCUGGCCACUGCGAUUACCUGAAAUAUAAUCAUGAAAUGGCACUGAUAUAUACAGGAACCAAUUGGCUUAAGUGGGGUAAUGGCUGCGUCAGAGAACCAAGAAGAUUGGUUCGAAUCCACGUAGCCGCCAGUGAUUGAACCGCGUCCUCAAUUUGUCGGGACUCGACGGGCCUCAGUCUCGUCAUCGGUGGCCACCCAAAAAACGCUGCAAUUUUAAAUUAAGUUUUCACUUAAAUUUCAUCGAGCUAACCAAUGAGAACUAACACCAAUAAAAAAAGUAUCAGAUGAUUGACAUUGGGUGAAUAUUGCUUGCAGGAUAGUAAGGAAUGUAAUCUGUUUUUUGGUAAUAAGAAGCCUAUUUAUAUGACUUAGAACUAGUUCUCUGGUGUGACGCACCAGCGCUGCUCGCCGACACGACGUACACAUUACACAAGUCACAUUUCUUAA